AUGGCUGUAAACUAUCCCCGUAGGGAGCUAACAUCCGAACCGUUUGGAGACCAAAUGGACCUUAUCGAGAAAAGGUGGAUAGAGCUGCAAAAUAUGCCUAUUUUGUAUAUGAACACUAGGAAAAAGCCAAAGCUGCAACUUCAACAACAACAAUCAUACCAAGCAGAAUAUCAACAGCAACGAUUUCAGUAUAACCCACAGCAACAGAAUUAUCGUCAGCAACAGCAGCAGCAUAUGAUUCUGUUGGAAGAACAACAACUUAGCUUUUCGCAGCACCAGCAGCACCAGCAACCGCAUCAGCUCCAGCAUCAGCUCGAGCCUACCUACUCUCAACAAUAUUACCCAGCUACAUCGGGAAAUAUGCCAGUUUCCACCGGCUCCAUUGGUACGGACAUUUCUGCUAAGCAAGUUUCGACCAAGCCAACUUUUGAUCCGUUUGCAACUGAGUUCCAGCCAAACUAUACUCAGAACAUUUGGGGGUCAGGUAAUGGCAAUAGAGAGAAGGGUAUCACCACUGUGUGGGGUUGA